AUGAGUGAAGAUUUCAGCAAUGGAGUUACUAAUAGGAAUUCGUCGAAAUAUCAUACGGUUGACAUCUUUCCAGAUCUUCCACAAACCGCAAAAGAGUAUCCCAGACAUGUACCUAAGGAUCGUCCAGAUGAUGACUACUGGAUACACGAAGUUAACAAAGAAGGCGAUACGACACGUUAUAAUAUUCAAAAGGUCGUCGCAAAUGGACAACAUACAUCGUCCGACGGAAAGCAUGCUAUUUUCUCAGCUUUUCUUUAUGCUUACAAUUCGCAUGAAGAUAUUAUUUUAUCUCCGGAUGAUAUUUGGCUCAUGGUGUGCAUUUAUUUUUCCAAUUAUGUCAAUCAAAAUGCGGAACAAUUACGAACACUUUUUGUUGAUCAUGAAGGCAGUAAAUUGUUGACUAUCGUACAAGUAGGAUUGAUCGAACCCGAUUGGAAGGAUUUUCUCGAACGCAUGCGUGUAGAAGUCGGCAAAAAUGUGAAGCAUAAUGUUAUUGAUUCGCUCACAGCUAAUUUCUCAACAACCAGUCUGAUUGAGUCUAAUCUUUCAUGUCUUGUCACCAUGGAUACAUUCAAAAAUUAUUUCGAAUACAGGUGCUUCAUUACAAGGUGUGGAAUUCGUCGUAUACACUUUAUGGGCACAUUGGAGGAUUGGAAAGUUCUACGUCAGAAAGCGGAAAAAUUAAAGAAUUUUACGAAACAUGGAACGGAUCCGUUUGCUAGUUACAUCAAUGGUUUAUUGCCCAUCAUUGAUGAAUUCAUUAAGACUUAUCAAAAUAAUGUUAAUCAUGAGUUUUGGAAAAAAGUCAUGGAUAUUGAGCAUGUUGGCGGUGGUGCAUCGGGAAGGUAA